AAAAGCACGUGCAGUGUCCGUGUAAGUACCUUAAGAAAGGAACUCCGUCGUAGACCAAGGACCACGCUGUACAUUACAUUUAUACUUACCAUUUCCGGGGCUGUGUUAGAGUUUUAUAUUUUUUGUACUUGACUUUCCACUCAAGAACGCCCUUGCAGUGUUGACACAGUCCAUCGUGGAUCUUGGAAUUUGCUUUCUAGAUUAACAACCACAUGUUUAAAAUAAACCCACAAACAUUACAUUUUCUACAUUGACAAAUUAAAAGCGAACUGUACAUGCAGUGUCAAGUGUAUUGCAGUCCAGAAACAAAAGCUGUACCGAUACACAAUGGACUGUGACUGACUGGUAAACAAGUCUUACCUUUACUUGUACACUCGCUCCAAAUUUGUCGUUUUUAAAGGCGGUGCUGUUUUGGUGCUUUUGGGCUCGCGAACGAGACGCGUUACCCCUCUGUGAGCUCAUAGUAGUUAGUUGUUACUAGUUAUCACACAUGGUACAGUUUUGCUACCGAACUACAUACACCCCAAUGAAACACUAACCCGGAAGUAGUUGUCGUCUUGCCAAGCAUUAGCAUAUUAUCACUCGAGAAGUGUUCUGUCGCUUUUCUUUCAUGUCUUUUAAUUUGAGUCCGUUUCUCUGGAACAAUAAAAUAGUUUAAUAAAAUAAAAUAAUAAAGUAUCGAAAGAGCCACACAUUUUAAAAAACGUCAGUUUAGCAGUUCCAGUAGUUCCGCCAGUAGUAACCGCUGAUUGUUUUUUGUGGACGUCAAUCAAAAUUGCCAGUAACGACACGAUUGUGUGGUCUGUUGAUCUUUGAUGAAAUUUGUUUUAUUUUAAAUUAGUUUUACUAUAACGUUAACAAAGUAUAUUGAAAUAUAACAUUAAAAAAAACGUAAGGACGAAGUCACAAAUAGAUGACGUUAUCCGCCCCCCCCCCCCAAAAAAAGGCAGUUCUGUAGUAGCAGCAGUUCCGCCAAUAGUAAUUCUGAUUGUUUUUUGUGGACGCCAAUCAAAUACAUCAGUCACGUUUACUCUCGUUGGAUCCGCCUAUUUAACGCCCACGAGCUGUACAAUUGGUGGGCCCCGUGUUGUCAGCGCAGCUACAAUUGGUUGACAAAGCUGUCAAUUACCGCCCUUCAUCCGCUCGGAGCCAAGAUCAGCAAUCUGAGCGGCGAUGUCUCACGAGUCAAGUGGUACUGCUGUUAACUGCUUGUUAAUAACCAACACGGACUGAUGCCAAACCGCAUAUAAGUUUAUAUUUCAGCCAAUAUUUCGUGUUCACCCAUGUCGCCUUCAAACCGGGUGAAACUUAAUGUUAAUCGACUUGGUCAACAAUUAUUCGGGCUUCUAUGUUGAGGAAACCGAGCGGAGGGAGGAAAAGGAACCGUCACGGAAGCCGCCUGAAGUGGAAGACGAAGCCUUUUAACACGGGUGACUUCACCACACAACAUCGCCUAUCAACAACAAAACGACGAACAGCAACGAGGGUCAACUCUGUCGCGGGAUAACAUUUCCCCAUUUUCCUGCCUUCUACAAGAAGAUACAUUCAUUGGCGUGGUCUGAGGACAAUAUACCAAAGCCAAAGGUGUCGCCUGAAGACUGGAAGGGAAACAGCCGAUAUCCAGGAUGAACCACCUAUCCUUCAGCGAGCUUUGUUGCCUCUUCUGCUGUCCUCCGUGCCCCAGCAAGAUAACAGCCAAGCUGGCCUUCCUGCCCCCAGAGCCCACCUACAGCCUGAUGUGCGACGAUAGCGGCAGCCGUUGGACUCUGCACUUGUCCGAGCGUGCUGACUGGCAAUACUCGUCCCGAGAGAAGGAAGCCAUUGAGUGUUUCAUGACUCGUACCUCCCGGGGAAACCGGAUUGCGUGCAUGUUCGUCCGCUGCUCGCCCAGUGCCCGCUACACACUGUUAUUCUCCCACGGAAAUGCGGUGGACUUGGGCCAGAUGAGCAGCUUCUAUAUCGGUCUGGGUUCCCGGAUCAACUGCAACGUGUUCUCCUACGACUACUCUGGUUAUGGCGCCAGUUCUGGGAAACCCUCAGAGAAGAACCUAUACGCUGAUGUUGAUGCCGCUUGGCAGGCCCUCCGCUCACGGUAUGGCAUCCGUCCAGAAACUGUCAUUGUGUACGGCCAGAGUAUUGGCACCGUGCCUUCUGUGGACCUGGCUUCUCGCUACGAGAGUGCCGCAGUGAUUCUGCACUCCCCGCUCACCUCCGGCAUGAGGGUGGCCUUCCCUGACACCAAGAAGACUUACUGCUUCGACGCCUUUCCCAAUAUUGACAAGAUUUCAAAGGUGACCUCACCGGUCCUGGUGAUCCAUGGCACGGAUGAUGAAGUCAUCGACUUCUCCCACGGCCUGGCGCUGUACGAGCGCUGCCAGCACCCCGUGGAGCCGCUGUGGGUAGAAGGGGCAGGCCACAACGACGUGGAACUCUACGGACAGUACCUGGAGAGACUCAAGCAGUUUGUCGCACACGAGUUGGUCAACUUGUAGAGGAAGAAAAAUCUGUGGAGAUAAGAUUGGUGGUUGAUUUUGUUCUAACUUCUUAUUAUCAUGGCUAUUUUUCGCUAGGAGCCAGGCGCUGUAUGCCUCUGUGGAAGUGUUUAUGGUAGAAUUUUGAUGAUAAACCACCUCUCCUACUUUGGAGCUCCAGUUCAGUCCCCUCCGGUCCACUGCAACUGUGAACUUUGAACAAUUCAUGAACUAAAACCCUAUGGUUUUAGCUUCUGUGUUUGGACUUCUUAUUUUUUUAUUUUAUUUUUUUUAUAUGUAAACAUGUUGCACAAUUGCACGUUGUAACAGUAUGUGAAUGCAAGACAGAGAAAAAGACAUACUGUGUGAAGAACAGCCUGUGUAUGAGUGUGUAUGUGACUUUUUUGCUGCCUUUUACAAAGGAUGCGGUCUUCACCUAUUAUCGGAGACUUCUGACCAGGCCACGAGGAUGCUGAUGUUCUCACUAACAGCCUUGAUCCAAACUGGACUGCACUCUCCAAUCCAACUGAUGUUGAAUUAUUUUUUUUCUAUUAUCAUUGCAGUAUGUAUAUAUUAUACAUGAUAUUUGCACAUAUCAGCUGUCACUGAAGAACCGUGAGACAAACUGCUGUGCAGGUGUUGCCAAAUGUUUAGUAUAAUAUAUAUCGCAGAGAUGGACUCGCAGAGAUUAUCUCCACACCUUAUUGCAUUGCCUCUUCUGAUCUUGUAAAUUUAUCAUGCAAUGUUGUUACUCUCAGAUUAGCGUUACUAUGCAGCAGUUAGUUUCAAAGGUGAUAUUUCUUUUUAAAAGAACAUGUCAAGAAGUCUCCUCAUUCUGACAGUUUCAAUUUUUCAUUUUAGGAUGUUAAAGAAUCCAUCUGUAGCUCAUAUUAAAGAAUUGCUGAUAUAAAUGAUAUAACUACAACAAAUUUACUUUGUCAUUUUGAAUAUGAUAAAAAUGUAUAUCACUAAUGCCCAUCUAGGCCUAGAGUGUUGCCUGGAGUCUUUUUAUUUUCAGUUGAGGAAGAUUAAAAAUGAAGAGGUUUUGUUUUCUUUAGUCUAUCUGAAAAGAGAUUGAAUGAACACCACUCCUACUAACUCACCACCUAUGUGCAUGGACAAUAACUUAUGUCAUAGCUCAGCAUUAAAAGGCCCUUUUUUCCCCCCUUUAUUUUCACGCUCUUGUCUGCAUGCCUUUUCUGUGUCCAUUGUUGAUGGUUUACUUGCCCUUUUAUUGCUGAGCAAAGCCAAAUAAGCUAUUUCAAUGCACUAAUGACUCCAUUUACUAUCAGAGCUGAGAUAAGCAAAUGUCAAUGUUCACACAAUGUCAUUCCCUUGUAUUUUUUUUGGCCUACAAGGCUGAAGUUAUGUAUGACGGUGGACCAUGUUGAAGCUAUGGGUGCUAGUGUAACUUGUCACAGCGACUGAUUGAUCAAGGAAACGGCGUCUGUGUGUUUUCUUUCACAAGAGUACGGUUCAUUUCUGUCUUGGUAAGAUUACACUUCAAUUUUGUGCACUUUCCAAAUAGUAUAUUAUGCUUGUACUUUUUGUUCCUCUUAAAAAAAACAUUGCCAUCAUCUGUCAUACUACGUUCAUACUUGAAGGUACAGUCCUCAUUGUUUUGUACUGCUCAGCUGGACUCUUGGCAUCUCUAAUUCAUUUUUUUUUUUUUUUUUUACCGCAUAUUUCGAUACAAAUGGAACUCAAACUGUAAUAACAAUAUUAACUUUAAUAACUGUGGAUAGCAAAAAUAAAAUGGUCAUUUGGAAGAA